AUGUCUACAGACAUUCCUUUCAGGGAUUACCCUGCCAAGCAACAUGCUGCUAACGUCGCUAAAUAUCUCCAGGCUAACCAUCUCACCGAAAAGUACGGCGAUGAGAGCAACCACCCCGCCGUAGUGAUCUACUUGGAGGCUCAAAAGACUCGGAUGAUCGAGGAUAGCGAUGAGGCUGUUUUGUUCAGACAACGUCGUCCCUUCUUUUACCUGACGGGAUGCCUUCUGCCCGAUGCCGCGGUCGUGUACAACUCCGCCAAAGACGAGCUUACCUUGUUCAUCCCCCCCAAUCGACGAGGAGCCGCCAAGACCUACAAUGUGGAUCGCGUGCUGUUCACAACGGAUGUCAACUCGACUCUUGCAUCGAUCGCCUCGACCCACAGCGGCAAAACUGCCGCGUUUUCAAUUGCCGAGCGCGUUUCCAAGGACGUGAGCUUCGAGGGUUUUGCUGAAAUCAACACCUCAACCCUCAACACCGCCAUUGAGAACACUCGCGUGGUCAAAACUUCCCACGAAAUCGCCCUUUUGAGAAAAGCCAACGAAAUCUCUACCAAGGCUCACCUCGCGGCCAUUGAAUCCGCCAAAACCGCCACCAACGAGCGCCAAAUCGAAGCCGCUAUCAUUGGCGCCUGUAUCGCCAAUGGAUGUCGCGAGCAAUCCUACCACCCCAUCGUCGCUGGCGGCGAAGGCGGCGCAACCCUCCACUACGUAGGCAACGAUGUUGAUCUCAUCGAUCCCAAAACCAAGCAGCGCAAGGAUAGUGUUCUCAUCGAUGCUGGCGGCGAAUACCAGACAUACUGCGCUGACAUUACCCGUGUCAUUCCCCUUAAUGGAAAGUUCUCGGACGAGACUCGCGCUAUCUACGAGCUUGUUCUCGAGAUGCAGACUAAGUGCAUUGACGAGCUGAAGGCUGGCGUGCGCUGGGAUGAUGUGCACGCUCUGGCGCAUCGCAUUGCCAUUGCGGGAUUGCUGAAGCUUGGUAUCCUGCGUGGUUCUGCGGAAGAAUUGUUCGAAAAGAGAGUUAGCGUCGCCUUCUUCCCUCAUGGUCUCGGUCACUACCUUGGAAUGGAUACCCAUGAUACCGGUGGUAACCCCAACUACGAAGAUAAGGAUCGCAUGUUCCGCUACCUGCGCGUCCGCGGCAAUCUGCCCGCUGGCUCUGUGGUCACCGUUGAACCUGGUAUCUACUUCUGUCGCUUCAUCAUCAACCCCGUGUUGAAUGACCCCAGCACGAGCCAGUACAUUGAUUCUCAAGUCCUGGAGAAAUACUGGAAGGUUGGAGGCGUGCGUAUUGAGGAUAACAUCCACAUCACGCAGAACGGUCACGAAAACCUGACCACGGCGCCCAAGUUCAUUGCUGAGAUUGAGAGCUUGGCUUCCUAG